CGGUGAUUAGUGGCUGGUGACUGCGCAGGCGGAUACACGAAGCAGUCAACAAGCCUAGUUGUGGGCAGAUUGGUUACGUAACAACACAGACAGAGUCUCACAAUUUAGAUGUGCGCGUCUCCUGUCAGUGCUGGACCUCAACGUGGUGCAGGAGUGACAACGUCAUGGACGGCCAACACAGCACAAGUUUACAUGUAGAUAGAUGCGUCCUCCCUUUCACGAUGUUCAACCACUCCACACAAGAUCACAACAUGAACAAGCUGUCCAUCCUCGGUGUUGCAUUGGCGGUAUUCAAUGUCGUCCUGCUGGCAGCACUGGUCGGCGUUGUAGUACGCCUUCAGACACACAGUCGACUGUCAAGUGACCAUCUAUACAGUCUCAAUGCAUCGCAGGUCAUUACCACAACGGUGGGCAAGCUUAAGGAAGAAACCAACCGAGUUGAGCACCACUGCCGGAGCGUGGCGAGCACGUACCAGACGUCCGGUAACAGUGGCAAAGCCUCUGCACACGUCACCCUAAACUCCACAGUUCCCCGACCUCAUGACGGUGACGUACAAAUUCUCUCCUGGCGACAUGACAUCGAUGCAGCCUUCCUUAAUGAGGGGAUCACCUGCCAAGAUGGCGGCCUGACAGUGUGGAAGGGAGGCUACUACUAUGUCUACAGUCAGAUCGUUUACAGUGGGAACGGAACCCAGGAACUGGACUAUGGGCGGAUCCUGCACACAGUGGUCAAACAGAAGACGUCAGAGCUGGCGGAAGCACCAACUCCCCUGAUGAGGAACCUGCAGUCCACCCCCAGCAUCAGACGGGGACGAACCGCCUACACCACCAGCAGCCUGGGGGCCACCUUCUACCUGGAACCCAACACCAGGGUCAUGGUCAAGUCCAGUGUUCCUGGGAACAUCGAUGUCAGCACACCUCACUCCACCUAUUUCGGGAUGUUCCUAAUAUAGUGUCCAGUCUUCCUGGGAAAAUGGAUGUCAGCACACCUACUUGAGCUUUGGUCUUGUUGAUAUUGACAUGUGGAACUGGUGGUUAGCUCUCCGGCGAUACAGAAUGACAUUUGUCUAAAGCAUCGGAUGAACGUUUGGAUACAUUGCAAGGCAUUGACAGUUACUGGUGCUUAGCUCUCCAGCGAUACAGAAUGACAUUUGUCUAUAGCAUAGGAUAUACAUUGGGAGACAUUGCAAAUAUUUACAAUGACCUUCUAAGAAA